AUGCCCGUCUCCUCACGCAAACCGCCUCCAAGUCCUCAGCCAUAUCUCGCGCCUUCAAGCUACUCACACUCUUCCUCGGGUCAUUCCCCAUCGUACACUCCUGGAUUUUCGAGAGACCCUUCUCCCGCACCUCCAUAUGAGAAUAGAAUCAACGCGGCGCCCGAUGCUUUCACCGGUACUCGAAUGCUAGCAUACGGACCAUCUGGACCUGCGACAGCGCCUGCAUCAGCACUCUCAUCUAACACCUCUUAUGCAUCUCCACCUCAAGCUGCGCAGCCCAACAGACUGCCUUUUUUUGAAGCCGCUUUAGCGCGGUCGAGGGGAGACACUCCUCAAGCAUAUCCCCAACCGUUACCUUCUUACCUGCCACCCCCGGAUCCCAAUCACCCUAAUUUAGCUAUCGGCUUCACUCAAUCCAAUACAGUGAGAUUUGCGCAAGGUUACGGAAGAGAGCUAUCUCGGUCUCCUUCCCCCGGCCUUGAUGAAAGCUUUGAUCAAGAUUACGAGCCUUACAGCUAUGGUGAUGAUGUGGAAAAAGCAUUAUUAGACGAUCACCAAGGUCCCGUUGACAUGAUGUGGAGUGAGAAGAUGACAGGGGAUGAAGGAGAUUUGUCAAUGGCACCAUUCAGGAGUCAAUCUGGCGUGAGUCAAGUACCCAGUAUACAUCUUCGUGGGGCGACCGGUUCUACAUUGUCACAAGAUGGGGAUAUGGCACAAUCGUCUACUCAACAUUUUGGUCCUGCACCAACAGGUCGUGUUGGCAGACGUACUCAUAAUGCCGCUGGGCACCGCCGAAUCAAGCAGUCCGCAACUCUAGACGAUAAUGGCUUCUUUGCCGUGGACAUGCCUAUCCCUACCAGACUGGCACAAUUUCUUCCUGUCAAAGGGGUAGAGGAGCAGAAAAGCACUAGGUGA